AUGGCCGGUUGGGGCACCCCUGAUCCCCAGGCCUGCCUUGCCCUCUGCUCUUCUGGCACCAGGCUGGGCAGUGCAGACAGUGCAGCCCUGCAGCCUUCAGGACACCUUGUUUCCAGGCCCUGCAAUCCACCAAGCUGGACAGAUGGGGCCCCCCUUGGUCACAGUGGGAGGUCAGGGGUAACCCAGGGCCCUGCUGCUGCCUUACCUUGCUGGGGUGACUGCUUGAUUAAAGAUCCCAAGACUGGACCAGGCCCUGGUGCCCCCCGACCUGCAGCUAUGGCCCAACAAGGCAGGUGUUCGAGAAGGCCCUGCACCGUGUCCCAGGACUGCACUAGGGGCCUCAUCGGCAACCUGCUGGGCUGGUGGUGUGGGGGGAGGGCGGGCUACCUUGGUGGUAUUCUUCCUCUACCCCAGUGGGGGCUGGUGGGCCCUGAGGUGGAGGCGUUUCCUUGGGCCCUGCUGAGGAUGGUAGUAGUGGGUGAGCUCCUGGUAAGGGGACAGGUGUGGGUUCGACUCCUCCAUCCCACAUAGGCUCCUGUGCCUCUCCCCACCUGUUGGUCAAUGGAGCUCGAGAACAAGCUGUUGCUGCCAGAUAAAGAAGCAAAGCCUGCUCCACUGCCCACCCCAGGCCCCCUUCCCUUCCUCCACCAGGCUGAGUGGAAAACCCUGAAGCUAUGGGACAGGCUCCUGUUGCCUGUGCCUACAUAGGAGGGUGCGGGCUAUGGCAGGAAGACAGUGUGCCUGCCCCGCAUCCCCUGUCCCAGUGCAAACACCUUGGGAAGGGGGUUCCUAGUGGUCUUCUGACAGGAGACCUGCAGGGCCAGGGUGCCCACCCCGGUCCCUCAAUAAAGAACUGGGAGGAAAUGCUGGUCCUGCGGAGUUGGGCAGGCAUGGGGCUACCUGCAAGCGUCCGCCUUCCCCCAGGAGGCCACUGCAGCCCAGCCCUUCUGUGCCCUGGGCCCCUCCUCACUGCACCCCCACCCACCAUACCACCCUGGGACAGAGGAAACACGUGGGAGGCCACCGCAUAGAGCCUGUCUGUUUAUAGAUCUCUGCCUGUCUUGUCCAUCCGUCCGUCCAUCCACCUGUGUGUAUAUAUCUGUAUAUCUCUAUGGAACAGGGAAUGGGACAGUUGUGUAAAAAUCCAAAAUACAAUUCUGAUUAUGAACAA